AUCUCUGUCCUCUUUGUUAACUAUCUUUGGUUUUCUUAGAAAUUGGCAAGUAGAUAUCACUUUGGUGUGUGUGUAUAUGUGUUUGUGUGUGUAUGUAUGUGAGAAUGAAAUUUGGAGAAGAGGCUUUACUAGUAAAAUAUAUUAAAAUGGUUCACUUGUUACUUAACAUAAGUUUAAUAAAUAGCUAAACAUUUAAAAAUUUAUAAAUUACUUAGCUUCUCUGGUUUACUUUGGCUUUCUGUAGUUGAUUGGUAAGUUGCAAAGAAAGCUUUCUGAAAUUAAAGAAAAAGUAGAUUGGUUCGGGAAAUUAUUGUAAAUGUGUAAAUUAGUAAGCCCUUCCCUCUGUGUAUACCAAGUUAGUAUUACAUAAAUAAAAAGUGUACACAUCUUUGCCAAAUUGGGAUUAAGUGAUAUUUAUGUUUAUAAGAAAAACAUGAAUAAUUAAAGCUUUAAAGUAUUCUCUUAAGGUGAUUUACCUUGUAACUGAGACCAUUAUUUCAUAUUCGGGAUAAUUGUUUGCUAUGCAGCUGUAAUUUACUUUGUUUUCUGUCUUUUUUUGGGGGGGGUUAUUGUAAUUGAAGAAAAAUCAUGAAACACAAAUUUCCUCCAUUAAGGAAAUAGUUGUGGAAGAUGUGAACACAGUUGUGGCGUUACAGUUAUUUGUUAAAUUUUACGACUUAACCUGCUUUAAAAGCUAAUUGUUACUAAUAUUUAUUUUUUAGUAGCUUCUAUUUACAGAGCCACUCAUAUAAUAAGCUGUGCUGAAUUUGACAGUUCUGGUGUGUAAUUAACUUAUUCAGAGCACUGACUAUGGCAUGUGUAUAAGGAUUUUAGAAUUGGGUUAUUACAAUUUAAAUGUCUUUAAACUGUAUUUUUACUGGUGGAUGGUAGUAAAUUUACAACAUAAAAAUUUUACCUGAAACAAUGUAAUGUAUUCUCAUUUGUAAAUGUUUUAAAACCUCUUUGAAAAAUCAGGCUAACAUGAAAAUAACAUGUAUAAUGUUAUUUUAUAGUUUCAACGUUUUAUGCUUAUUUCAGAAUGCUAUUCUGAGAUGUUAAAAAUAUUAGUCACAUACAAGUAUCAUUCUGUUAUUUUUGGAGUCCCAAAAUAGAACAUUCUGAAUUUUUUUUCAGAUGAUUUCUAAAGUACUUUUCCUAUCCAUGCCUAGGAGUUAGAGUGGGGUAGAGAGAAUAAAAAUGUAUUAAUUUUUGCUAAAUCUAUCCUUAUCUACUGAUAUAUAAGGGGGCAAUGAGCCCAGAAUUGGAGAGUAAGGUGACAAAAGAGCUGGUAGUGGUUUAGUUCUACAAACCAAGUUCAUACCAAUUUCACACCUACUAAACUGCAUGGGGGAAAAAAAUCAGGUAGAACGUUUAUUGAACAGGAAUAUUAAUUAUUAAUUAUAUCAGUAAAAGAUGCCAUCAGCAACACAGAUUCUGUAUUAUGUUUGGUUUUCACUGAAUUAGAAGGAGGAAUUUUAUCAGUUAUUGCUUUGUUGGAACCUUACUGUAGUCCCAUAGAAUUUUUUAAUGUAGUAUUUGAGAAGCCCUGGCUGUGAUUUGUCAAAAAUGUUCAAGGUUAUGGGCAGGUAGAGGUUCCUUGUUUUGUUUUUUUUUUUUUUUUUCCACUUGAUAGAGAUGAAUAAAUGUACAUUAUGCUAGCUUUUCACUUUUUUAAUACAAUUUUGAGACAAAGUUUCACUGUUUCUGAACAUGAAAACUUAAAUAUUUUUAUUGUAAUUUAGUUAAGUAUUUUAGAACACUUAUAAUCGGUAUUAGGAAAACAUUCAGACACAAUUUUUCAUUAAACUAUAUACAAUAGAGAUGGUUUAUAGGACCUGCAGAAUGUCGUAGUGAGCUCUUAAAGAUCUGAUUAUGCACUGCAAGCAAAGGAACAAUGUAUUAUAUUUUGUACCAAAAAAGAUAACAAAGUGAGUUUGAAAUGAACCGAAGGAAAGAGUUCCAUUGGAGUAAGUUCUGUGAAUGAUGUGCUGUAGUGCUGUAAGCAGUGUUUUGUUUACUUCACUGAUUCUAUUCUCUCCUUGCUGUUGUAGAAACAGCAUUAUGAAAGAAAUGAGAAAACCAUAGAACAAAAUUUUAAGAAGUUUUUCAGUUUCUGUCAAUUUGCUGUUUUUUCAAAAAAAUAUAGACAGUAUUAUGAGACAAUCCUGAGCUGUAUAAGUAAUGUUUGAUAUGUAAUAGUUUCAUACAUCUUAAGCAUUAGCUAUUGUUAAUAAAACAUGCCAUUUCAAAAUAAAAUAUACUUUUGUUAUAUUUGUCUAAAUAUGACUUCUUUUUGUUGUGUGCAUCUCAGAUUUAUUUUUAUAAAUGUUAACACUUAGAAAAAGAUAAGGUCAGACAUAACAAGGGUGACAGCCUAAUCAUCAGUCAUAAUUUUAUGUCCACAUUUUCUGGUAGAUGGAUUUUGACUAUUAAUUUGGUUUUGUAUGUUUUCUCUAUGUGAUAUUUGUGCAUUAUUAGAUGACUAGACUGGCCAAGGCAGACCUGUUACACUUGCCUGACACUUGCCUGAGUUAGGCAUUGUUUGCCAUGCCACUAAACCGGCCGUCAAGUGAAACCUUCAUUGGGGAAAUGAGAUCGGAGUCUGAACCGCAGAAGAUGGACGCCCUGUCUCUGUUUUUUAUUGUUUUACUUUAAUUUCAUUUCUUUUUAUUUUGUCCCUUUUUUGUUUUUGUUUUGUUAAAUCUCUUUCACUUUAACUUGUGAGCUGGUUUUCCAGUUCUUUGUAAAUGGUAUUCCAUUAAGGGUUCAUAACAUUGCAUUGCAAAAUAUAUGGGGAGAUGAUCAGCAGAGCUCAGCCUUAAGAUACAAUAAAUUUUCACAGUAAAUUAAGAUACAGUGUUAAGGAGACUAUGUAGGGAUCUUAAUUGGUGUUCAUAGACUGACUAGGUACAUUUUGUUCUUGAAACACUGAUGAGAUUAUUAGAAACAUUUUCUGAUCUCAGUGCAACAUUUUUGCAGUUUUUCUUCCAAGUCGACAUCUUUUUAAAAACCCCAACUGAUAGCAUCCUUUCUCCUAGAAUUUUAGGCAUACAGAAUCAGGGAAAAUAAGUAAAUUUCUUCCAACAGUCUGGGUAGAGGACCCAGAAAUUUCUACUUUUAUGAUAGUUAUUCAUUAUAGAAAAUAACAUUUCCUUGACUUAAAAAGACUUCAGUUGCCUACAAGGAAAAUGGAUAUUAGAGAAACUAUUGAAUACUUAGUUAUGUAUGUUUCUCUGUUUGCUUGAACUUUUUGUUGAAAAAUAUUCAAAGGCCUAGUAGGUUUUAAAAAGAUCCUGAGGUUAGGACUAGUACUUUAAUACUAAGAGACAUUGUUCUCAGUUGUCAUUGAGUAUAAUUUAGGAAGAAUGCUGGAUGCUCAUUUGUUUUAUAUUGGUAUUUACAGGGUAAAUUUGAUAGAAUUCUACCUUGGAAGUUAAGUAAUGGAAUUUCUUUUUUAAAGUAUUUUUAAUAGUAAUUAGAAUAAGAAAAAGUAGUGUGCUUACAGUUAGACUUUAUAAUAGUUUUUUACUACUGUGAGGCAAUGAGAAUCAGAUCAUCUACUGAUGCUUUUUUUUUUUUUUUUUUUAAGCCAAAAGUGAAGGUCUUUAUAAUAUUAAGUAUUCAACGUUUGGCCUGUGUUGAAUACCCUUUUUGUUUGGGUAGUCUUUCUACAUUCUCUAGUAUGGAUAAUUUGGCUUAUUUAAUUGGCAGAUAAUAUUAAAUUGGGACUUUACUAGAUUGGAACUCUUGUUUUUUUAGAUACAUAAAUUAGAGUAGCAAAGUACAGGGUUUUUACCUUAGGACCUCAAUUGCUUUAUCAAGAUGUGUUUAGGUUUUACAAACAUUUAAAAAAUAAUUCCUAUUUAAAACAGGUCUGAUAAUAUAUGUAGAUAGUAUAUUUGUGGGUAUACAGAUACAUGUGUUAAUACUAGUAACUAAUACAAAAUUACUGUUAUUUGAUGUUUUCAGUUAGGCCGCCUGCCUUUCAUUUACCUUUAUGCAUGUUUUAAAAAAUCUGUGCUUAUGCAGAAUUUACACUGAAAUAAUAAAAUAACUUUUUUUUGAAACUAGUAGAUGGAAGUAAUACAGACUUAGAUGUUGCAAAGCUUAGGAAAAAGUAGACAUUUGUUAAAGCUAAUAAAAUGUCAUUUUUUGUUCCUGUAAGCAAGGUGUACCCAUUAUUUAAAGCAGGUUUUAAAAUCCAUCUUGAAUUCCAUUCAUGUUUAGAGCUAUGUUUAGAUAAUAUUGUUUAGAGGUUUAUCUCUGCAUAUCGGGUUGUUUCAAAUAGUGUUUUUACCACUGAAACCCAGCAUGGUGCUUUUGAAAAUUUAUUCCAUAUGCUAUUUUCAAUUUAGCAUGACUUUGUAUACACUGUUUUAAAUUACUUUUGAAAAAUUCAUAAUGAAAACGCAUAGCUAACUAAUUAUGAGUAGUUCUUCUAAAAUAGUUGUAUGUAGUCAACUUUUUUAGAAAUAUUUUUUGGGGGGGGGUCGGGGUAUAAGAGAGAGGUUCAGGAAAAAUGUAUGAGAUUUGUAGUCCUUAUCAAAAUUAAUUAGAAUUCAGUAAUUAAAUAUGGAAAAUUGAUGUACUUAUUUCAGAGUAACCUUUUCAGCUUUUAGUCAUAGGAUUUUUUUUUAACAUCUACAAUUAUUUCAGUGUUAUUGUCAUUAUUGUUAUUAGGCAUUUGAGAUGUUUGUAAGCAAUACACUUAGGCAUCAGCUACUCCUCUUCAGAUAAGUAUGCAUAAAUUGGUUCUAAAAAUCAAUGGUUUAAAGGUUUCCUAAAACUAGGGAACUUUUUUUGUUAGGUACUUAAAACAAUGUAGCAGUUUUCCUAGAGAUAUUCUUGGAACCUGGAUUCUUUUGGGCAUUUCUGACAUUGUUGAUGAGGUGCCUUAUUAACUAAACGAGUAUAGGCUUCCUUUUAAAUUGAAGCUGAUUACAUGCAGUAGGUUUUUUUUUUUUCCUGUCUAGUUGAAAUUGAAUGGAAUUUAUUGGAAGGGUUAUCAAAAUUGUUUGCAUCACAAGUAGGUAGUUUCAAUAACAGCAUAGGGGCACUCAGUAAGGAACAAAUUUCAAUUUGCUUUUUCUUUUUCUUUUUUUUAACUAAUUUGGUUAUUUGCCAUUUCUGGGGAUUAAACUUUAAAAAAUGUUCUUCUUUUCUGUAUCUGAUGUUCUGUGUGCUAUUAGUGAUGCAGCCAACACGAACGGUUGUCAUGUGUAACACAACUUUCGAUCACCGCGAAAACACCGUCCUGGGAAAGCGUCCAUGCUUGAUAUCGUUUGGUUCAUGAACAUUAAGUUUCCAGUACAGGUAAAAUCCCAGAGGAAUCCAAAGCCCUCUCUUUAUUGACUCCUGCUCCAACCAUGACGAGUCUGAUGCCUGGUGCAGGCUUGCUUCCCAUACCGACCCCAAAUCCUUUGACUACACUGGGUGUUUCCCUUAGCAGUUUGGGAGCUAUACCAGCUGCAGCACUAGAUCCCAAUAUUGCAACACUUGGAGAGAUACCACAGCCACCACUUAUGGGAAAUGUGGAUCCUUCCAAAAUUGAUGAAAUCAGGAGAACAGUCUAUGUUGGCAAUUUGAAUUCCCAGACAACGACAGCUGAUCAGCUACUUGAAUUUUUUAAACAAGUUGGGGAAGUGAAGUUUGUACGGAUGGCAGGUGAUGAGACUCAGCCAACUCGGUUUGCUUUUGUGGAAUUUGCAGACCAAAAUUCUGUACCAAGGGCCCUUGCUUUUAAUGGAGUUAUGUUUGGAGACAGGCCACUGAAAAUAAAUCACUCCAACAAUGCAAUAGUAAAACCCCCUGAGAUGACACCUCAGGCUGCAGCUAAGGAGUUAGAAGAAGUAAUGAAGCGAGUGCGAGAGGCUCAAUCAUUUAUCUCAGCUGCUAUUGAACCAGAGUCUGGAAAGAGCAAUGAAAGAAAAGGCGGUCGAUCUCGUUCCCAUACUCGUUCAAAGUCCAGGUCUAGCUCAAAAUCCCAUUCUAGAAGGAAAAGAUCACAAUCAAAACACAGGAGUAGAUCCCAUAAUAGAUCACGUUCAAGACAAAAAGAUAGACGUAGAUCUAAGAGUCCACAUAAAAAACGCUCUAGGUCCAGGGAGAGACGGAAGUCAAGGAGUCGUUCACAUUCACGGGACAAGAGAAAAGACACUCGAGAAAAGAUCAAGGAAAAGGAAAGAGUGAAAGAAAAAGAUAGAGAAAAGGAAAGGGAAAAAGAGAGAGACAGGGAAAAGGAACGUGAAAAAGAAAAGGAACGGGGGAAAAACAAAGAUAAAGACCGGGAUAAAGAACGAGAAAAAGACCGGGAUAAAGAUAAAGACAAGGAAAAGGACAGAGAGAGGGAGCGGGAAAAAGAGCAUGAAAAGGAGCGAGACAAAGAGAAGGAAAAAGAACAGGAUAAAGAAAAGGAACGAGAAAAAGACAGAUCCAAAGAGAUAGAUGAGAAAAGAAAGAAGGAUAAAAAAUCCAGAACACCUCCCAGAAGUUACAAUGCAUCAAGAAGAUCUCGUAGUUCCAGCAGGGAAAGACGUAGGAGGAGGAGCAGGAGUUCUUCCAGAUCCCCAAGAACAUCAAAAACGAUAAAAAGGAAGUCUUCUAGGUCUCCAUCUCCUAGGAGCAGAAAUAAGAAAGAUAAAAAGAGAGAAAAAGAAAGGGACCAUAUCAGUGAAAGAAGAGAGAGAGAACGUUCAACCUCUACAAGAAAGAAUUCUAAUGACAGAGAUGGGAAGGAAAAGUUGGAGAAGAACAAUACUUCACUUAAAGAGAAGGAGCACAAUAAAGAGCCAGAAUCAAGUGUGAGCAAAGAAGCAGAUGACAAGGAUGCACCUAGGACUGAGGAAAACAAAGUACAGCAGAAUGGGAAUUGUCAGCCAAAUGAAGAAAACCUCUCUACCAAAACAGAAGCGGUAUAGGACCAACAAAUGCACCUCUAAACACACGCUGGAAUAAAAUCCAAAGCUUUUAAUUCUCUUAACAAGAUGUUAAACAGUGAAGAGAUCCAGUUGAGUAUAAAGAUAGGAGCUAAACAGCUGUUCUAGUUGUUAGGUGACAUUGUGGCCAUCUUGUUACUGAGUAAGAAAAUAAAGCAUGGACAUCAUGAAAAUAACAGAUGUUACCCAAACCUCAUCUUGUAAAAUCUGUGCAUUUCCAUGGUGGCUGACACACUUGUCAUGUGGUUUGUUAGUGUUUGCCAAGAACCAUUACAAGUAAAUGGGACAUUCAAGAUCCAAAUUUGUAUUAUCCGUAAAGACUGGAGACAAGCAUUGGAGGCUCUUUUAAAAAGUUCUAGUUACUGAAUUUUGUAUUGUUUUACCUUUUUUUUUUUUAAAUUUCAAGAUAUACAAAUUGAUGAUGUGCUUGAAAUCGGUGCAAAUAUAUACCCACCCUUGUAAGUGCAAAUAUGUAAGAAGUUUUAACACUUCACAGGAUUUAUAGUGAUUGUGUUAAAUUCUCACUAUUGUGUUUUCUUUUUGUCACUGUUUAGGACAGCAGUUUUUCUUUAAAAUAGUUUUACAGAUUAAAAUUACUUAAAUAAGUGGAUUAAAAAACAACCUUCAAUGCAUGCUACUACUGUUCUCUUUCCAAAGGAAGAAUGACUGUGUUGAAUACUAAUAAUAAUGUAUUAGUAUUCGGUGUUUAGAAUCAUUGGAUUUCCCCACAAAGUAAGCACUUCUUUUUUAACUUUCUUGACAUUUCCAAGCUUAUUAUAAAUAAUAUUGCAGUGUGUGUUGUCAGCGGUAGGUGGCAAAGGUGUCAUUAUAAAAAGAAAACUUGGGUUUUCAAAAUGGGCUAUGGGAGCACAAGCUGAAGCUUUAGUGCCUUCUACAAUGUGGUAUACUGUUUUCUAGAAUUUUAUAUGUGCUAGUCAUUCUCAAGUCAUAUGGAAUUUAGAUGGAUAUUCCAUUCACUCCCAUAGAGAAGUGUGUAAGUGAUAUGUCAGAAGAGCUUAUUAUUUAGUUCACCUAACAUGAGAGGGAAGUCUUGUUUUCAAGAAUGACUUCAGAGCUUUUAAAACAACAGUGCAGUUUUGGGACCAUCAGUUUUAUACUGUGAUAAUUAAAAAUGAAGCAUGUUCUUAAUUUACUUAAAGCAAACCCUUUAGUUGUCUACAUGGAUGGCCUUAAUUAUUACCUCUCAAUCAUCUUCUCAUAAAUGGUGUGCAGAAAAAGUACUUAAAGGAGAACACAUGAGGUUGUUUUAUGUUUAAGGAUAUGUUUACUUGGUUUAAAAUACAGGUCAUCCAUUAUUCUUAGGUUCGCUUUUUGAAGAAAGUAUGCAAGUAGUGAAAUUACAACAUCGUUAAUAUUUUUCCCCAAUACCAUAACUCAUGGUUUCAAAACUUUUCAUUAUUGUUUAUAUUUCCAAAAUAGUUAUACCUUUUAAUUAGCAUGUUAUUGAAAAAUCAAGUGUAAUUAUUUUAAUACAAUCUAAUACAAUCAAAUUACUCAGUUGCCUUACCUCAUCUUAUAGAUUUAAAAAGCUGGGUAGCACAUCAGUUACUUGGUUUCAACAUGAGUUUUCUUUUAAUGUUAAUACUAUUGAAACUUAAGUAUUUGGUGGAGAAUGGAAAGAAUUGCCCUUAUUGCAAAUAAUGAAGCCUGAUUUGAUUAUGAAGCUGCUUAAUUACUCUUCAUGUGUCCAGAAUUACUGUGGUAUUUUUUCCUUUUUGUCACUGUGUACAUUAAAAUUUUUGAAAAUGCUUUACUAUGUAAAGUAUAGAUGGUCAUUUUAAUCAUUCAACCACAUACGGUUGGCUGGUAAACAGCUUAUUCUGAUACAAGAAUGCUUGGUGAAUAUGGAAAGAUCGUGAAGGAGUACUUAAUGUCUAGCAUCAACAGUUGUCUUAUUUAUGAUAUGUAAGUAGAUUAGAGCAAAUGUUUGAAUCUUUGUUAUUUUUAGUACCAUUUCUCUAAUAAAGCUAAGUAUUUUAGAGGAAAGUAUUUGUUUAUGCAUUUCAAAAUAGCAUCUUAGUUUUAUCCUGUUCUUUUUUUAGUUUCUAUAGAAAUUGUUUUGACAUGGAGUGCAUGUUUGUGUGGUGUCUAUAAAACAGUCAUUUAAAGUUUGAGGUGUUUUCUAUUAAAUGUUUUUAUGUUGUAAUUAACCUAUUUAAUUUGGGUCCUGCUGCUAAUUAUUUUUCUUGCUGAUAUUUAAUCAGCUUUAAAAUAAUGAAAGAUGGUGAUUUGUAAAAGGUGGGCAUAAGUAGGAAUACAAGAGAUCUGGAAAAAGUGAAAUCAUUUUCCUCAUUUAGGGCUUAUGGAAGCAAAGCGUUCUAGGGCCUGUAGAUACUGGGUGGGGGCAUGGGCGGUGAGAGAGACAGAGAUAGACAUUCUCUUCACUUAUGAGAGCUAAUAUGUUUCCAUUUGUUUGUUAUUUUCUUUCAAGGUAUUUUGUUUUUCUUUAAAAUUAUUCUUGUUCAUCCCAGGUGUAGAUGUUGUCAGAAAAACUUGAGAUAAGGCCAAGAAGACAGCCAUUUUAUACUUGAAGCCUUCUGUAAAUUACCUUUUUUAGCUUGACCAUAGAGAGAAUAUAUUCUGUUCCUUAAAUUGUAAUUGCUCUUCAUCAUUCUAGACAAACUCUGUUGGCUCUCUGGUUCCUGCUUUUCAGCAGUGCACACUGAAAUGAUAAUAUAAAAUGGCCCUUCAUAAGGUAGCCAGUUUCAUGUGAGAAAACAAGUAUAAACUUUAACUUCUGCAGCCAUCUCCUUAGUCAUUAUUUUCCAUCUGUUACAAUCGCAGAUACUAGUCAGCUUGUGAUUCUCUGUUUAGAAUUCUGUUUUUCAAGAGGUUUACUGUAUGCCAUGUUUAUCUUCAGAAGUGUCAGUGGCUUAAAUUUUGACAUACUUAAUUUAAAAAAAAAACCCUGAUAUUUAGAAUCAAUAUUUUGUCAAGAAAAUAAUAUAUUGUGAUAUUAGUCAUUCAAGACCCCCAUUCAUUUCUAUAUAUGUUGCUAUAUCAUUAUCUUAAAACUUAAAAUUUGAUCCAGAUUUUUCAACAAGAUAAUAUUCAAAUUUAAGGAUUACAAUAUAUAUAUAUAUAUAUAGUAAUAGGUGUUUCAAACUUUCAAAAUAUUAGAAAUAAUAUGGUUUGAUUUAAAUCUUUAGUAGUUGGAUUAGCAAUUAAAGUGAAUUCUUUUGGAGAGAUACAUUGAAUAACUUAACAUUUCAAUUAGUCCUUAUAUUCUUUACAAGAUACUAUGAAUUUAAUUGGGCAGAUGAUGAAGUAGAGCCAUUUCAACAAAGCAUGUUCCUUACGUGUUUGAAUAUUUAAAAAAAAUUUGCUACUUCUACACUUAUUACAUUAUUAUUUAAAUUUAUUUUCAAAUUUCAAAAGUUAGUGCUCUUAAAAUGGCUAAAUUAUAUAUCUGAGUGCAAGACUACAGUAUAAAUGUCAUAAAUUAAUCUUUUAAAAAUAAAAUUGACUUCCCUCCUUAAUCUUGGGUUUGUGGAUGAAUUUGUUUUCCUUAGUACAUUUUUAUUGAUGAUUCUGCCUAAAGACUCAUACAUUAUUUCAAAAAUAAAAGCUAGAGCUAUUAAUGACUUUGUUUCAUGUUCUAUUAGGUUGGAUUUAAUAAUGAUUAGAUUUUUUCCAUUUUAUUUUAAAAUACUUUUAUAGUUUCUAGCAAUUAAUUUAUUAUAAUUAUUAGUCUAUUUAAUAUAACAUUCCAUAAUACAUUGUUUUUAAAAGCAGGUUUGUCGUCUGUUGCCUGAUUUUUAAAUUUACUUGUAUUUAACAUUUUAAUUUUAAAAAUUGCCAACUUCUGGGAAGCUUCACAUUAUUUUUCCAGGAUUGGAAUGAAUAGUUCCCUUCAUUCUUGAUUAACAUUUAUUUGCUAGAUAAAUAAUUUUUUAACCAUAUUAAGUUCAAAUUUGUGAAACUCAUACUGAAAGAAUUAGAGUUGAGAUUGAGUUCUAUUAGUUUAAGGUUACGGGUAGGCAGAAAACUGUUGAGGAACAACUUAAAGAAUUUCCCAAUUUCCACAGCAGAUUACAUUUUGGUAUACUGUGUAUUUGUAUAGGUAGUUCAGUUUAAUGUUAAAUAUUACUGUCCUUAAUCUUAAUUAGGUUAAUACAAUAGUGUUCUUUACAUAAUACUAUGGAUUAUCAAGGGAAAAGUUUAAAACGUAAACAUGAAGAUGCUGCAUAGGUGGUGUGUGUUGUGAGUAGGACUACUAAAUGGUACUAGUAAAGAUUUAUCAAACGAUGCUGCUAUUGUGUUAAUAUAUUUUUAAUAAAAUGAAAAUCUUAAAACCUU